AUGUGGGCUAAACUACAGUUAAAGACAAUAUUUGUUUCUACACUGGUCGCUUUAUUCGUUGUCGGUUCAUGGCUCAAUUUGUGUGGUGUAUGGAUUGAGUUUCCAUUGAUGGUCAAUCGGCUACCUGAAAAAUGGGCAUUACCAGCAACAAUGGGUCUUGUCUCCAAUCUAGCGAAUAUUGGUGUAAUCAUUAUUGCUCUUAUUCGACGGCUUUCUCGUGGUGGUGUCACUUAUGAAAUUCCCGUCAAUAUAUGUAUAUUAACAACUGGCACUAUUGUUCUUAUCGUUCUUGCUUUUGUAUGGCAUAAAACAACAACAAUCAAUGGAAGCCCACAUUCAAGUUAUCUGAUGGGAUUUUCAUUAACUUUAGCACUUGUUGACUGUACAUCAAGUGUGACAUUUUUACCAUUUCUUGAUCGUUAUGAGCCAAUUUACAUGAAUGCAUAUUUUAUUGGUGAAGCUCUUUCUAAUUUACUUCCAGCAUUAUUAGGUAUAGCACAAGGUGUUGGUAAAACAUCAUGUAUAGAUGAUGGAAAUGGAACAUUAACUCCGUAUGAUACACCGCCAAGAUUUUCUGUUCAAACAUAUUUUUUAGCAUUAUCAGUAAUUAUGUUAGGAUCACUUCUUUCAUUUGUUACCCUUUGUGUCAUACGGAUGGGCCGAAAGCAAGAGAAAAACUCGAUAGAUUUUUCACACACGAAAAAUGAUAGCCCUGUUGUUGAACUAAGUACAGUCGAAAAGACUGCUACUAAUUUGGAGUCUGUCGAAUUGAAAGGUCCAUUAGAAAGUGAAAAUCGAAUGACAAGAAAAGAAUUUUGGAUUUCAGAACAUGGAAUAUAUUUGUUUCUAUGUUUCUGGACAAGUAUUCUUAUAAUUGGCGCUACGCCAAGUAUACAAAGUUAUUCUCUUUAUCCUUAUUCUAUUGAAGUUUAUCAUUACACUAUCAUAGCUUGUCAGUUUGCAUAUCCUCUCAUGUCAUUAUUGGGUGUAUUCGUUCCAAAGUUACCUUCUCGUUAUUUAUAUGUUCUGACUGUUAUUGGAACAGGACUUUUUGGAUAUACAUUUCUUGCGGCUAAGCUUUCGCCUUGUUCACCAUUAGUCGAUCAAUUUAUUGGUAAACUGGUGAUCUCCACUAGCUGGUUUUUGAAAUAUUGUAUAUUAUUUUUUAUCCGUAUUUUGGUUGGUAAUUAUUUUCGACAUAAGUCAGGUCAUCGUGGAUUAUUUUGGUUUGGUUUUUUGACACAAAUAGGUUCUUUAAUUGGAGCAGUUGUUAUUUAUUUGUUUACAGAUCAUUUAAAACUAUUUGAACAACGUGAAGUAUGUCUUUCAUAUUCAUGUUGA